CACAACUUUCAAACAACCCUUAGUAAUAUUGUCUAAGCCAUUAUGACAAAAAGUCGCUUUGCUACCUUUAAGAUUGGGGUUAUUCCGGUUCAAAAGCUUUAAGAGGCUUUAACUAAUCUAAGUGACAAGUAUUAAAUCUUUUUUGAUGAAGGUGAAAUUUUAUUGCUGGAAAAGUACACAAGAGGAGUAUGAGAAAAUACAUGUCGAUUCAGGGACCUGCUCUUACUCGGGUUCAACGCGAGCCGGAGCGACAACAGCAGCGAGCUGUGGCGAACGUUAUUCCUCUGCAAUCCAUUCACCAAGCGAUGGGUCGCCCUGCCUUUAGCCCCUCGGAGGUGGCUCCAACCGUACACAGAUGCUUGCUGAAGAAUGAUAUGCUGCUACUGUACACAUUCAGUUUUCAUUGGUUUUCAUGCCUACAGGUCUCUUUUUCUUUUUUAGUGGCUUCAGUGCUGUCAUUUUUUGUUGUUCAUGGUAGUUCAGAGAGGAUAUCUUUAGUGGGCAACUAUAAUGGAUACUUCUGGGUUCUAAGCUUCUGCACAUGAUUUUUCUCAUGGGGGAUAUCUUUAGUGUUUGGCGACUAGAAGAAAAUAAUUGGAAGAGAAGUUCAUGUGCUUGAUCUUCUUGUAUUGAUAUAGUGUUCUGCAAAUUGCAAUUCGUUGGCUUAAUUGCAAGUUAGAAGAAAAUAAUUUCUUUUUUUCAUUUUUUAUAAUUUUUUUUAUAAUGAUGUGUAAUUUCUAAAAAUUUAAUUUAAUUUUUUAAUUAUUUUUUAUUUGCCACGUCACACAUUUAACGGUCAACUGUCAGAGUUGACCGCCACGUCAGUCAAAGUUAACGGAGAUUAACGGAGAGUGACCGAACUUGAACUGUUCAACUAAUUCGAGUGACUAUAAAUGGAAUAAAUUAAUUUGAGUGGCAAACGUGAAAUUUUAUAGCAAUUCGAGUGACCAAACUUGCAAUUAAGCCUAAUCAAAAGUAUUACAGUGACUUGAAAAGCAGCCAAAAAGACUUUCAGCAGUGAUGGGGUGACUGAGGAAGAACCACUAUUAAUCCUUAAGAAGUGUCAAAUACUAACUACUACGUGGCCUUCAAUUUCUUUGAAAAUAUUUAAUUGACAAACUAAUCACGUUUAGAAUAUGGAUGGUUUCUUAAUGUAGAUAAUUAACAAACUAAUCACGUACCUCUCUUCCUCCUGCAAAUACCAUAUAAUUAGUUAAUUUUUUUGUAUUGUUUCGUUCUUCGAUAAUUUCAACAAAGGACUACUCCUCACUUAGACUAGUAAACUAGUAUGAUGAGUAUGAACGACAUUUGUGUCAGGUGCCACUCUGUGGAUCGGAAUCUCUUCUCUAGUCUUGUGUUCUUUCCCUUUUUAAUAUUAUUAUAUUAUAAAUAUAUGUAUUGGGUUUUAGUCAAAUACCGUCUGCUUAUAAUUUUUAUUUUUUAGUCAUUACAUUGCAUGUAGCAAAUUUAACCCCUCCAGUGACUUCAUUGGGUCGGGUAUAAGUUGGUGCUCCUGCUCCUGACAAGUCACAAGCGGAUGAGGUGGCUUGAAUUUUUUUUUUACGACCAUAAAUAAGCUGACCGUACUAACUUCUCUACUUCAGUCAUAAAGACUGAAGAAACAAAAUAAAUUUUCCUAUUAAAAAACAAUUACGUAGGCUAAGAUAUUUGACUAAUUUCCAAUAUACAGAAAAGACAACUGAAUAGUUCAAUUUAGUAAAUAGGAUGACAAGAAUGUAGCUUAUUGGAGUCUCAUACACCUAAAGAAUGUAUUUAAGACACUAGUCAAGAAAGCAAAAGCUCGUCGAAAUUGGAUAAUAUCAUUAAUGAAUUUGAAACCCCCAACAAUUUUUAAAAAAAUUAUAGAGAUAUAGUAAUUACCCUUAUUUUUCUAGAUCUUUGAUAUGAAAAUAUAACUCUAAUAAAUUACAUGAUAACACUCUCUAAUACAAUAUUGCUAUAGUACCACUCAUACUCUAAUAAUAUGUUAAUUUUCUUAUAUAUGAUUAUAUAAAGUUCUUUUUUCCUUAAAUAUAGUGGUCAGAGAAAGACAGUAGGUGGGCGCUAAUAGUGUUAUUUAAUCAAGAAAGCGUACACGUACAUAGUCAAUAUUGUAAACGUGAUCAUAUUCUUAUACUUUUUUUUGGGUAAGAAAUCAUGUAAUUAACUAAGGGUGGUUUCCUAGAACUUUGAUUGACGUUCUUGUUGGCUAGCUAUUUAAGCAACAGAGUCAUCGGCUUUGAUUCACAACACACAGCAUACAAGCUUUCCUACAAAAAUAAACAAAAACACUCCCUUAUAUAUCAACCUUCGGUUUCACAAAUUAAGUAGCAAUUCCGCAAAACCCAGUUCGAGAUCAUCAUCAUGUCGACUACUACCGUUGUUGGAAACCAAAAUGCUGUCAGCAUCGAUCGGGACUCAGCAAGCUUCCCUCUCACACAGUGGGGCGACCGCUUUCUCGACGACGAAGAACACCAGCAGCAGGGGCCACUGCCAGUGCUUGAAAGCGAGUACGAGGUGCUCAAGGAAGAUGUGCGGAAGAUGGUUACUGCUGAGGAUGAUGGCAAGCCGUCCGCCAUUGCGGAGAAGCUGCGGGUGAUAGAUGCAGUCCAACGAUUGGGCAUUGGCUAUCACUUCGAGAAGGAGAUUGAAGAAGCACUUGAAAGAGUGCAUGCUCUUGGAGACGAACUAUUCGUCAUCCAUGAUCAUGACGAUAACACUACUACCGAUGAUCUCUACAACGCUGCUCUUCGAUUUCGACUUCUCAGACAACAAGGUCUUCGAGUUUCUCCAGAUGGGUUUAGAAACUUGAAGGACGGAGAAGGAAAUUUUAAGGGAUGGUUGGCCUCGGAUGAGCAUGGGCUAUUGAGCUUGUAUGAAGCAGCACAUGUGGCAAUCCAUGGAGAAGGCAUAUUGGAUGAAGCACUGAGCUUUGCUACCAAGACCCUCAAGUCCAUUCUUCCCAAACUCAGCCCUUCAUUCCACAAACAAGUAAAGUUCGCUCUCGGUCUCCCUUCGUGGAAAUGUGUCCCUAGGUCACUUACUAGGAACUACAUCGAUUUUUAUUCCGAAGAUGCCUCCCACAAUCACAAACUCCUUCGAUUUGCAAAGUUGGAUUUCAACUUGCUCCAAAAGUCGCAUCGACAAGAGCUCCACGAAAUUUCUGAGUGGUGGAAAAGUUUGAAUGUGACUACCAACUUCCCACAUGCAAGAGACAGAGUUGUGGAAUGCUAUUACUGGAUUUAUGCGGUAUACUUUGAACCCAAGUAUCAGUUGGCCAGAGUUAUAUGCACCAAGAUCAUAUCAAUGCUUUCACUCUUAGAUGACACUUGCGAUAAUUUUGCUACGUUUGAAGAGGUCAAGAUGCUCACAGAAGCUAUUGAAAGCUUCCAUGUAAGCGCACUGGAAGCACUACCAGAGACGAUGAAAAAUUUGUACCGUAUCAUCAUAGAUCUGUACAACGAAAUUGAAAUGGAACUUGCAAAAACAGGACCCACUUUUGCGGUCGACUAUGCUAAAGAAGAGCUCAAGAAAAUAUGCCGAGCCCACUUGGCAGAGGUUCAGUGGCGUACCAAAGACCAUGUUCCAACACUAGAGGAGUAUAAGAUUGAUGCAUAUGUAACAAGUGGGUUUCCCAUCCUUUGCACAUCGGCUUUCGUUGGAAUGGGAGCUAAAAUAGCCAACAGGGAGGCCUUUGAAUGGGUCACCAACGAGCCUAAGAUGGUGAGAGCUGCUUCAGUCAUUUCUAGGAUUCAAAACGAUAUCGUCUCUCACAAGUGGGAGCGAGAGAGAAGUCAUGCUGCUUCAGCAAUAGAAUGUUACAUGAAGGAGCACGGGGCAUCGGAAGAGGAAGCCGUUGAAUUUUGUUGGGAGGAGAUUUCUAGAGCUUGGAAGGACAUUGCAGAAGAGUGUCAGAAACCAACACCAUUGCCAGUAGCCUUAACAGAUCGUGUCCUUAACUUUGCACGCUCCAUUAGUGUGAUAUAUGAGAAUGGUGAUGGCUACACUCAUUCUCACCUUUUGAAAGCACACAUUGCUUCACUGUUCGCCGAUCCUGUACCUCUAUGAAUAACGUCACGAAGAAAGGAAUUAUGAUCCACAAGAAUCAUAUGUAUUAUUGUACUAGUCAUUCCUAUUGAGUUUGGUUGUCCAAAAAAAUAGUGAUUUGGAGAACAAAUGUAUUUGUGGGUUGGGAUCUCAAUAAGAAUUACAUUUUCCUUUCAUAUGGGCAACCUCAUAUUUUCUAAUAUUUUUAAUACUUUUUUGUCAUAGAAUUGAAAGGGUCGAGAACUGAAAUACUGAAUCAUUGAUCUUUUCGUUUAAGUAUGACUUGAUGCUAUGAUUCUUACGCUGGUUCUCAUUUUUUAAAGGCACACAUCACUUCGUUGUUCACUAAUCAUGUAGCUCUUAUAGAACAUUAGUCAUGAAAAAAAUAAUUCCAAUCCACAAAAUGUAUUCAGUCUUAUCAUAAUUUCUUCAAUCCACAUGUGACAACUAAAACAAAUGUGUAUGCUACUUUUAUCUUGAACAAUUACAUUGUUCUUUGCACAUAGGGAGUCUAAUCUUCUCAACGGUUAAUUGCUCACUUUUAUUUAUUGCACGGGUGAAGAUCAAACCUCUUAAUUUUCCAUAACUCAAGAAAUAGCGAUAUCCCAU